CUCGUGCAUGCAGGAACAUGCAACGCUCUUCUUGUCUGCACCCUAAGUUUGUGGCUUCUCUCCACAACAGCAGCAGUAGUAAUCCCCUUCACUUCCGGAAGCAGCAAACCACGAAACCCUACCAUUACAAUGAUCAUCAAGUAAUUACCUAACUGGUGGCGGCAAUAGUGACAUGAAAAAUGAAUUUGGAUAUUUUUAUUUUUUAUGGGCAAAUGAGAAAAGUUUAUGCUUGAGGCACACUGAUAAGCUACAGGAUGUGAGAAGGAUAGUCGAUGAGACGAAAGGAGAGAAAGAGACACUCUUUUUGAUUGAUUCUCUUCAAAAACUAUGUGUGGACUACCAUUUCGAAGAAGAGAUUGAAGCAAAGAUGCAUUCUUUGUAUGAAAAACAGUCGAAGAUCAUUGAUGGUGAGCCAAAUAAUAUAGUUGAAGUUAGCCUUUUGUUUCGGUUAUUGAGGCAAGCUCAAUACCCUAUCUCCACAGAUGUGUUCUAUAGGUUCCUUGAUAGAAGUGGUGAGUUCAUGGCAUCCCUUGCAAAUCAGAUGGAAGGAUUGAUAAGUUUAUUUGAAGCUUCAAAUUUAAAUUUUGGAGGAGAAUUAAUGCUUUAUAGAGCCAAUGAGUUCAGUAGAAUCCACCUCAAACCCUACAUGACAUCUUUGGAUUCAGAUCUUGCAGUACAUAUUAAACAGAUACUGGAAAAUCCAUAUCAUUUGACCCUGCAAAGAUUCAAAGCCAGGCAAAUUCUUGAUAAUAAUAUCUCAAAAUCUUAUUAUAAUUUCAAUAUUGUAGAACUAGGGAAGAUGGAUUUCACCAUGAUCCAAUCAUUGCAUCAAAAGGAAUUAAAAGAAGUCACAAGGUGGUGGAAGGAGUCAGGGUUGGAUCAAGAGCUAGUGUUUGCGCGAGUUCAACCCUUGAAGUGGUUCAUUUGGCCAAUGACGUGCCUCCCAAAUCCCAAGUUUUCGGAGUAUAGGAUUGUUUUGUCAAAAGUCAUUGCAUUUGUUUAUCUUCUUGAUGAUAUUUUUGAUGUCGAAGGAUCACUUGAUGAACUCUAUCUCUUUACACAAGCCAUCGAAAGAUGGGAUCAUUCUUCAAUGAAUUCACUACCGGAUUACAUGAGAGCAUGCUUCAAGGUCCUACAAGACACCAUCAAUGAGAUUGCUCAAAUUGUGGUCGAGGAACAUGGAUGGAAUCCGAUAGAGUAUCUAAAGAAAUCGUGGAUACAAUUAAGCAAAGCAUUUUUAGUGGAAGCAAAAUGGUUGAUAGAAGAUGAAGUCCCAACAGUAGAUGACUACAUGAAGACUUCAACAAUUAGCUGUGGUGUUCCUCUUGUCUUGGUGUACACUUAUUUUCUAUUAGGGCAUGGCGCGGGUAAUUUAUUGGAGAAUCUUCCAAAUCUUAUAUCUUGCCCCACGAGAAUUCUUCGACUUUGGGAUGAUUUAGGAAGCGCAAAGGACGAAGAACAAAAGGGAAGGGAUGGUUCGUUAUUGGCUAGCUUGAGGAAGGAGAACCCACAUUGGUCGUCGCAAGUCGCAAGGGGAAAAGUGAUGCAAAUGAUAGAAGAAGCAUGGGAGGAGCUCAAUAAGGAAAGCUUUAGUCCAUCAGCAUCAAUGUUCUCUCGCGAUUUUGUUAUAGGUUGUUUGAACGCCGCAAGGAUGGUGAGAGUGAUGUAUAACUACAGUGAGGAACAUAAGCUCCCUAUGCUUAAGGAGUAUAUAAACUUGUUGUCUAAACAAGUUUAGCACCUCACAUGCUUAAGGAGUAUAUCAAUUUACACAAGUUUGAAUUUGUUUCUUUAUAUGUCGAUUAUCACACUGAAUUUUGACA